AUGUUCCGCUUAGCACGAAAGUCUGAAAAUGCCAUGCCACCCAACCAAGAUGCACUGACGCAGCACAUCAAGAGAACAAAUUACCAAGCAGGUAAUUUAAUCAUGGUGGAGCUGAAAUGAGAACUUUCAUAUUAAUUUUGCAUGUGUGAAAUAGUAAUUACGUUGUUGUGAAUGCUGCUUUGCACGUGUAGAAUAUAGGCAUACUUGUAUGAAACAACUUCAAGAAAACUUUCAUCUUUCAUACAAUUUUUACAGGUAUCUUCAAGCGAACCUUGCAGGCAACAUCAGAUGUACCCUCUCCCAAACACCAUGGCUGGAAGAUAGAAGACGGCAAUCUUGUGGUAGACUGGAUGACUCUGCCUCCUGCUCCAAAUAGUGUUAUGGAACUUGUCCACUGCACUAGUAGUUGCAAGAAAAGUAGCUGCAGCUAUGCGAGUAAAUGUACUUGCCUAGAGAACAAUGUACGCUGCACAGAUUUGUGCAAUUGUGCUAGAAAGUUAUGUAGUAACAUUGCAGGGCAAGCCAGUUUUGAAGAUGACGAGGAAGAUGAUGACGAUGAUCAUGAGGCGGCGGAGUUUGACAUCGAAGAGGACUACUUAAAGAAACUGUUAAAAACUACAAACUCUGUUUGGGGGGACGGCCGUCCACUAUUUUUAUGUUUUCAUACGCUUGUAUUCUGAAAGCUCACUUACACUCAAAGAGUGUAGCUGAUGCCGUUAUGGUCCAUAAAUGCCUUCAUGGCAGAGUACCAGCAUAUUUAUCCGAUAAGUUUAUGCCUCGUUCUGCCAUACAUAGCAGAUCGACUAGACAUUGUAAUGAUUUAAAUUUGCCCAAAUGUAGGCUUGCAACUGGGCAAAGAAUGUUUUCCUAUCGAGGGGCAAAACUGUAUAAUGAACUGCCUCUUGAUAUUAAAGAAAUUGAGAACACUAGAUUUUUUAAGCAAAGACUUCGAAAUGAACUCAGAAAGAACUUAUUGAGUUAAUUUGUUCUUAAUUAGAUAUUAUUUAUAUAUUGUAUUUAUCAACUGCAGCGGAAGAGCCCUUUUUAGGGAGCUAUAAUAAAGUAUCUAUGUCUAUGUCUAUCUAUGUCUGGAGGGUUAGUGUCGUACCAUACUAUGCGAGUACUCACCCUCAGGGCCGCCGACAGGGGACUGUGGAGCAACUUGCCCCGGGCCCCCAACGUAAACCGGGCCCCUUAAUUGCGAGAGAGCCAAAUGGGGAGCCCCCAAGCUCAGACUGUAGAGCAAAAUAUGUUAUAAUGUCGUUUUCUGACCAUCAGAAUUCUGUCAAAUCUUGCCCAAAGUACAGGAAAUGGUAUUUCAGAGACUCUGAAUUUAAAAAUUUUCCCGCGGAGAGCAUGCUCUCCGACUCCCCACUGUGGAAAAUUUGCGUCUAUGCCGCUCGAGGCGUGCUUUUGGCACUAACUAAUACUUCAUAGCGGCCUGGGGGAAAAUUUUGCCCCGGGCCUUGGAAUUCUCUUGGCUGCCAUGCUCACCCUCCAGCUAUUCAAAGGAAAAAGGAAGCUCAUCUUGAACCUCCGCUCUUUGAGUUUGAGUGCAAGUAAGCUUUUAAAAUAUAGGCGAUAAUUGAAUUUUUGAGAUUUAAGAAAGCUUGUUAUUCCACCAAUAUUAAUCCGAACAUCUUCAAACUUAGUAAACAUAUCAAUUUUGAUGUGCUCUUUCUUGCGAUAUGCUUCAUUGUUGAUUUAUCAUAUGCUUAUUGCAUUUUUAUAAAAAUUCGGACCCAUUCCCUUCCUCGAUUCCAAAGUUCAAUAAUUGGGCUGGUGGUUUGUGCUAAUGUGCAACAUAUGGACUUGUGAAAAAAUAUAUGUUGCUCACAGCACCAUUCCGCGUCAUCUUAUAAAGGUUUUGUCUCCACCCCAAAUGGUGGUCACGAAACCUUUAAACUAUCAAGGUUUAGAGCACACGGCCCACUGUCUAUAUGGAUGGAUCAGAUCAAUAGAACACAAUGUACAAAAUUGAACUUGUGAUACCUUCUACUCAAACAGAUAUCCUAAUUCUCCCACAACACAAAUUGUUUUGUGUGGAUAUGCUGAGUUAAACCGAACUGUGUGGUAUAUCAUUAUCUGUGCACAGGAUUGGAAUUGAAUUAUAUACUUCACUCAUAACCUUCAAAACAUCUACUAGACUACUUAAUUAACUAUUCAGUGGUCUUCAAUAUAUGGUUGACUCUUUUCCUGGAUUAGUUUGUAUAUGUUAUUCAACAGUUAACAUCGGCAAGUGUAAACAACAAGUGACAGAACUUUUGCUUCAUAUGAUUACAAUAAAGUUUUGACAAUUCGAUGAGUAUGGAUUGACAAAUGACAGUUUACUAAAUAGCCGGCUGUAUGGACACUUCGAAUAUUGUUUGCAUGAAAUUUUUAUUUCCUGACAGCAUAAUUGUCCGUUACAAGCAUAAUCACAUUAUAAAAUUAGUUAAAGUUUCUCGGUGGGGGGCAGGUGCCCCUGCUGCCCUCUGUGCAGUAUACAGCCCUGCCCUGUUAGAUUUGUAUUAUGUUUAAUUUGUAUUAUGUUGUAUUUGCUAUUAUAUUUAUCAUAAUCAGUGAUGAAAGUAGAUAUGGGUUUUUGUUUCGUGGCCCAACCAUGGACAUACAAAAUAAUUGGCGGCCCAUCGAAACUGCCCCAAGAUUUUCAAUAGCCCAUCCCAAAUCACUCCGGCCCACCCUAGCAGUUACUUUAUGACCGAUCCCUAAGGGUUAGGAUUGAUAAACUGUACCGCCCUCCUCCCCAUCAACAACAUGUAAAAAAAAUUAAAAUAAUUUUUGAAUAUUUUAAAUAUUUACCUAAAAUCAAUGACAGCUUUCCCCAAUUUCCCGCCACCGAAAAGAGCAGAUGAUGCGAUGCCCCCCCCCCCCCCGGCGUCUAUGUCAGUACACUGUCGUAUUACAAUUGAUGUAUAUAUUUCUAGCUUAUGUCGAGAUUAAUUCAUUUUCAUAAAUUAUUUAUUAUUGUAUUCGCUUGGAAAUAAUGUGAAAUAGAAGUGUUCAAGAAUGUUAAUUAAAGGAUGGGUAGUAGCAUUGUACGGUAGGAUUAGGGUUAGAUUUAAGAUAAAAUCAGGGUUGGAUUAAGAAUGUGAUGGAUUAAGAACUUUUGAGUUAGACUUAGGUCUUAGGGUUAGGGUAAAGAUUAGAAUGACAAUUAGGAAUGUAAAAAUAAAAAAAAUACCUAAGGUAUGAUUAAUAGAAUUUUUAUUGUCAAAUUUCAGUUUACCUUUUUCCACCAGCUUACCAAGAGUAUCUUGUAGGCAUUUCAUAUCACAAAGCAACAGCUAAACAGCAACAAGAAAAUAAAAUUUUCAAAUGUAACAUUACGAAUCAUUUCAGCUGACAUGCAUGCUGAUCUUAAGUAUUGGAUAUAAAAUCAAUCACAGGCGCCGCGGUAAAUCUUGUUUAAUUCGUUUAACCAUUGAAGGCGAAAUUAUAGAAUAUACUAUAUAAUAAGAAUAUGAAACAAGUAUGUACUGUCAAUGUCUGCUUUUUAGUUUGGCAAAAAGAACAGAUAUAGCUAAGCGUAGGAAAAACGUUCAUUUUAACGCCUUAGGGGUGCACAGGGACAAGUUUUAAAAUGAGACGCAUUUCAUGUCUUACGAGGUUCGAUUUUCCAUUUCUGAAACUCUGUGAAUGCCAACAUUAAAAUGUUUGCAUCAUUGCCAAUGACUCAACAAACCUUGUCCUCAAAGAUCUUCCAGCUUACCUAAUAGAAAAUAUACAGCAUCUGCUGUAUGAGAUGCAGUAAAUGAGAUGGCAGGAUGUGCACAUUUAUUUGUUGUUAAGAUGUGGGUUGGGCUUUUCGUUCCAAAUGGUGGCAGCAUAAUAUAUAAAUUCACAGGUUUUACAAUGGUACACCCAUCAAAGAAGCGUGUCAUUCUGUGACAACGAAUCCUGUCCUAAGGAGCUAGUAUGAACAAGGGCUUCACUGAUCUCCAACUUCGAAAUCGAAACAAUGAUACAUUAAUUAAUACAUUUGGGGAGUUUUAUUGUUGUUACCUGUGACAUUGAACACAGGGUUUCUAAGAGCUUCAGAUCGGGAAAAUUGGUACACCGUCGAAAAGGCAAUGUCUAUUAGAGAGGUGGGAUAUCCCCUUGGGACAAAAAUUGUCUCAUUUCUAGACAUUUGACUUGGAAUUCGCCUUAUUCACUGCAAAUGCGGCAAAGCGGACGGUACUAAUAGAAGGACAUCGAUCUUUUUGGUGUUUAUUGCGUGCGGAGCAGAGAUAGAAGAUAGCUAUGGUGUUGGUGGAGUUGUAGGAAACAGAAGUACUAGUUUAUUGUCAUUGUUUGAUACUAACGAUAUCUAGGAAUGAUACACUGCUCUCUGUGUCUCUGCGCGCUAUCUAGUGUAUAUAACAUAUAUAUGGAUGAAGCUUGUAUAUUUUUUAAAUAAACACACGCUGCUGCGAGACAACAAUCGCCUUUACACCUUCUGCCCCGCAUUAAACACAAACAAAUAUUCAAUAACAUUUUUCGAUACACCAAUAAAACUUUGGUAUAUUCAUUUAAACGAGCAGAAAAUCAUUAACAUUUAUUAAUUUUCAAUUACAUGAAUUGUUCACUUAAGAAUAAAGGUCAAUUUCAAUAGCAUUUACACAAGUUCAAUAAGCAUAGCUAAACAGUCAAUACAAACAAAAGGAUAUUCAUUUACACGUUUAAGAAUGUCACUCUCGUUGUGUGUGCUAACUAACCUGUUACCAUACAAUUCGACUGUACGGUAUUCAACUCUAUUCCCUUGAGGAUGUAACACAUUUCAAAACGCUAUAAAAUUGAGUACGUCGUCAAAGUUAACAUACAAUAUUGUACAUGAUGGCAGCAAGACCUAGACGAAAACGUGAGAGUUUGGAAAAUAGGGAGUCUUGAUAAGAGCAUUCAAUGAUCCAGCCCAAGAAUGCAUUUCUGUUGCUGAUACCAUCGGCGUUAACCGCUCGACAGCGAGAGGGAUAGUCAGACGACAUUUGCAAGAAGGACAGAUAGCUGAAAGACCACGAGGCGGCCCCAUCCACAGGAAAGUUGAAGAUGAAAUGAAGCAAUGCAUUGAAGAAAUUCUGAACGAGAACCCUGUUCUCACACUUGAUGGCAUAAACCGAUUGCUUCAGGAAAGAUUGCCUGAUAAGCCCCGAAUACGUCCACGGACAGUUGGAAAGGUAUUGAAUGGUAUGCUAUACACAUUCAAACUUGUUCGGCGAUGCCCUGCAGAAAGAAACAGACCUGACGUUAUCCAAAGCAGACGCGAUUAUGCAGCGUUGUUUUUGGGAGAAGCGAUCCAGAGGCAAAUCGUGUUUAUUGAUGAAUGCGGUUUUAAUGUCUGGACGGUGAGGAGUCACGGCAGAGCGCUUCGAGGAGAUAGAGCAUAUCGCCAAGUGUCAGAACAAAAAGGACGAAACAUCAGCAUUAUUCUUGCAGUUUCUUCCACAUUUGGCUUUGUGCAUCACUCAAUGCGCAAAGGAGGCACAAACACAGAUCGGUUACAGAUAUUUCUAGAUGAAUGUGCUCAAAAUGUGGCGGGUGUGGAGACGGUUUUUUAUUAUGACGGAACACCAGCUCAUCGGGGAGCUGUAAGUCCUGCUGAAGAAAUCUCGCUACGGCUGCUACCACCAUCUUCCCCUUUUCUUAAAAUCUGCGUGAAUGCCAUAAGUGCGUUGAAAGCCGCAAUCAAAAACGAUAUUUCACGACCUGAAAUCCAAUUGGAGAUGAAAAACAGAGUCAUGGCGCGUCAACAACGUAUUCCGUUAGGGGAAUACAGGAAAAGAGUUUUGGCAGCUGCUGCUGAACGGAACAUGGACACAGUAACAAUCAGAAAAUGCAAUUCGUGGUUCAGGCACAUGCAAACUUACUUACCUCGAUGUCUUAACGGCAAUUGCAUCGAAGGUUAA